UAUUAGAUACUUAUUUUUAAAAUACUUUUUACCAUCUACAUGGAGGGGAGUGUACGCAUUAUUGCAGCUGCUUUAAUAUUCGCUGCUGUGAAUUUCCUGAAUUGUCGAGGCGUCGUACAAGCCUUUCUUUAUAAUAAUCAGUACGAAGGAGAUCAAGUAAUUCGUUUAGUUCCAAAAGCUGGACAGGAAGUGGAAGCACUGAAGACCAUCAGUGAACAGAUCAAACUGGAUUUAUGGCAACCUAGCAGUAUUGCUUCUAUUAAAGUUGGUGGUGUUGUGGAUAUACGUGUACCCAGUAGCAGUUCACAACAUUUCUUCCAGUCUCUUCUUCAAACUGGCAUGACAUUUAAGAUCCUUGUUUCUGAUCUUCAAGAACUAAUGGAGAAGCAGAGUGGCUUUGGUGCUCGAUAUCGUCGGUCCAAUUCUCUCUACAACUAUGAAGUCUAUCACACCUUAGAAGAGAUACAGAAUUGGAUGCUUCAGAUGUAUCAAACAUAUUCUCAGCUCCUUUAUCUUUUCUCGAUUGGGAAAUCAUAUGAAGGAAGACCUCUCUAUGUUCUUCAGUUAGGCAAGAAAUCACAUCCUUUCAAGAAAGCAGUGUGGAUAGAUUGUGGCAUUCAUGCCAGAGAGUGGAUUGGUCCAGCCUUUUGUCAAUGGUUCGUAAAAGAAGCUGUAAAGACAUACCACAGUGAUCCUGUAAUGCGAAAACUUCUGAAACAACUGUAUUUCUACAUCAUGCCUGUUUUUAAUGUAGAUGGAUACCAUUAUAGCUGGACAAAGGAUCGAUUCUGGAGAAAAACACGUUCUAACAGUACUUAUUUCAAUUGCCACGGUGUUGAUGCCAAUCGUAAUUGGAACGUCAAGUGGUGUAGUGAAGGUGCAUCAUUACAUCCUUGUGCUGAUACAUACUGUGGACCCAUGCCAGAAUCUGAGCCAGAGGUCAAGGCAGUUGCAACCUUCCUGCGUAAAAACAAGAAACAAAUUAAAGCAUAUAUUUCAUUCCAUUCGUAUUCCCAAAUGCUCCUUUAUCCAUAUUCCUAUAAGGAUGCAAUCAUUCCUAAUUUUAACUGUGUGGAAUCUGCAGCGUUCAAAGCUGUCAAUGCUCUUCGCUCUGUGUACGGUAGCAAAUAUAAACAUGGGCCAGCAUCUAGCACUUUGUAUGCCAUAUCUGGUAGUUCUAUUGACUGGGCCUAUAAACAAGGGAUUCCCUAUGCAUUUGCAUUUGAACUACGAGAUACCGGAUAUUAUGGAUUUUUGCUGCCAGAAUCGCUAAUCAGACCCACAUGUACAGAGACGACAUUAGCCAUCAAAAAUAUUACAAACCAUCUCCUAAAAGAGUGCCCCUUGAAGUGAGGGCUAUUUAUCACCAUAUAGUUUGAUUUGUUUUUUUAAUUUUGCAUAAAUAAGCUAAAAUGUACAAUGAUUUAAUGCUAUUUCUGUAUUUUACC